AUGAGGAAUGUAAAGAAGGCCAUGAAUGGAAGGCUUCGGCAAGAGAUAUCCUUAAGGGAACUUGGUGUCCAAGAUGUAGUACACCAGGCCGAAAACAUGUUAUACCAAACCAAAAAAUUAUCCCAGUACAAGGACACAUUACACCAGAACAAGAAUGUACUCCAAUCCAAAGACGUGAUACACAGCAUCGAAAAUGUAGUCAACGACGAUUCAAUAUUGAUAUAA